AUGUCAAUAGAUGAUCCAAAACCUAAAAACAUCAUCCUAUGCUUUGAUGGCACUCAGAAUCAAUUUGGGCCCUUACCGCGUACGAAUGUAUUGAAACUAUAUCAAUUAUUUACCAACAAUAGUACCCAACGUUGCUAUUAUCAGCCUGGAGUUGGGGUUAAAUUCCAUUCAGAAUCUUAUCAAAUAUUAAGUAGAAAAUCCAAGAUUUUCAAUAUGCUAACUAAAUGGGACGCCGCAAUAGGAUAUAGUUUAGGAUGUCAUGUUAGGGCCGCAUAUUUGUACUUGAUGAAGCAUUUUAAACAAGGCGAUAGGAUAUUUUUAUUCGGUUUUAGUAGAGGCGCAUUUACGGCAAGAGUUUUAGCAGGAAUGGUGGAAAGUGUAGGCUUGUUGCAAGAAGGUUUAGAAGAAAUGGUUGCAUAUGCAUAUGAGAUAUAUUGUAAUUGGGAAUACUCGGGUCAACCUUCUCAAAAGGAUAGUACAUUAACCUUAACUGAGGAGUUCCGUGAAACAUUUCUGAGAAGAAUUGAAAUACAAUUAAUGGGAUUAUGGGAUUCAAUUAAUUCCGUUGGUCUUGGAUUUAGAGACCAAACUUUCCCUUAUACGGCGCGAAGUCGAAUAGUCCGUCACGUACGCCACGCUGUAAGCAUAGAUGAGAGAAGGGUCAAGCAUAAACCUGUUUUAUUUGAUGAAUGUUUGGAUGGCAAUGAUUUGAUUUUUCAAGGUACAUCUAAUUCUGAUAGUAGGAAUUAUUUGGGUAUACCAUCAUUCACUGUUCCAGAUAGUGCAAGAAAUUUACCAACCAUUUCUGAUGAUGUCAUCGAAAAAUGGUUCCCAGGAAAUCAUGGUGACGUUGGAGGUGGAUGGCCAUCUGAUCCAUCAGGCCAUAAUUUGUCUGAUUUAUCACUUCUUUGGAUGUUACUGGAAGUCAUGGAAUACAAACUAAAAUUCAAUCCAGGUUCAUUAAAUUUAUUCCAUGCACAGCAUUCGUCUAUAGAUUGUUUAAUGUCAUAUCACCAUGAUAUUCUAUCAUACUCAAAGAGGAAAAAUCCUGUUUACCAACAGGAUGAAUUAAGUGAAACUCUGCCACUUUUAAGACCAGAUGAUAGGGAAAGAAGAUGCGGAGUUGAGUCAUAUAAUGCAAAUGUACGCAAUGGAGAAAUUACUAUUCGAUUCGAUUCACAUUCUUCGGCAAGCUAUGAACAAGAUACCGCAUCAGAUAGUAUUCACUAUGGUGCCUUCACUGAAAUUGAACCUAGGUCACCUGUCCUCAGGUUUGAUGCAAGAGGUGAUGAAUCAUUCUUCUCUACAACAUUUUGGUAUUUCUUAGAAUUAUUACCCUUUAGUAAUAAGAUUCAAGACUCAAAGGGUCUUUGGUUGCGAUCAUACAAGCCAAAUCUUGGUCAAAGGAGAGUCAUUCCUAACCAAGCAUCAUUCCAUUGGAGUGUGUUCUAUAUGAUGCAUUACGUUGAAGAUUACAAGCCAACCAACCUUCCAGAUAAUUUUAAUGACAAGUUUAUCGAACUGCUACCAUAUGAAUUACAACUGUUGGAUGAAAUUCAAAAAGAAUCAAUUUGGCUCAAAAUACCAGAUGAUUUAGGCACUUACUUAUAA